AUGGCAUCCCGACCAAGAUCAGUUGACCAAAGCCAGUCGAAUAAGUCAAAACAGGGCUUGUAUAUCAGGGUAAUAGAAUGCGAAACUCUUGACUCACCUGACGAUCUUCGUAUGCAAAGACAAGCACAGAUGAAAUCUAUGGAAGAUCUUCAGUUAAUAAGAUCUUCCAUGAAUCACCUGAAAGCAGCUCUCGUUGAUCACGAUUCGUUACAAGAUUCUCCAAGGACAAGAAUAACCAGAGAAUUAGUCAAAAGACAGAUAAGAAGGAAGACCAAGAAGAUUAUGCUGAAGACAAACCCUGGAGUGAGACGAAAGAAAUUAAAAUCAACCAGGAGUAUGAAGAAGGUGACUCCUAACAAUGACGCCAUCGAGUUCCUUAACAAGGUAGUCAUGAAAGAGCAGAGAAGCAUUAAGCAGAAGGUCCUGAAAGAAGAUGAUGCCAAAAAGAAGAAGGAAAAAGAGUUGCGUCAAGAAAAGAUCUCCAAAAUUCAUCAGAAUGCAGGUGUGUGACUAAAGAUGCAAAAGAAAAUCAGCAAGAAUUAUAAAGAUAUCUGGAAAUAAAAUUAUGAAGAAGAACGAGAUCAACUCCCAAGAGAUCGAUAAGUUAGCUCAACAACCAGUGGCUUUUCAUGAAUAUAAGAAAAGGCAGCUUUUUGAAAAGCUAGAGAAGUCCAAGCGAAACAGACCUGAUAAGGACAGAAAACCGGAUUUUAUUCGAACCUUUAGUCGUAGCAAGCAAAGGCAAAAUAAUAAAGAUUUAUUUGAAGAGAUUGAUUCAAAACCUGUUGCUGCUUAUGAAAAGUUGUAUCUCCUCCAAAACAAUCAAAAAGGAAUGAAAAAUGUAACAAGCUUUGGGGAGUUCAGAAAAUUAGCUCGUGAAAGAAGACAAAGCAAGCUUAAACAACGGCAUAAUCUACAAGAAAGGAUUGCAAAUAACAUUAAUCUAAACACUACUCGCUCUGUGACUGCUCUAUCUCCCCAACCAUCCUCCAAAACCAUCACUCUCAUCCCUACAACCCUAUCCCUAAAGCCUACCUCCAAAGCCAACCCAAGAAGAAAGCCCACUAAACCCCUCACUCACCAAUCCCCCUCCCCUCCCAACCGAAAUUCCUUAACCCCAUUCAACCCACCCCCUACUAAAUUCCAGUUGCUUAACAAGAUCGUGACCAACUGCUCUAACCUUAUUCUUAACGAAGAAAAAGAUACGGUAAAGAUACAUGAGAAGAUUAAUUCUUUUAAGGAGAUGAACCAUAUGUUUGAUUUUAUGUAUAAUACUGCGAAGAAAGUUGAUGUUAAAGAUCCAAUGGUCAUUGAAAAUAUAUAUCUUCUAUUGAAUCAACAUAUUCGUCAAAAAGAGGCAGAGGCUGAGAUUGAUCAAGCUGAUAAAAUUAAAGAAUUUUCUAACAAUUUGAUAUCUGAAGAAGUUGACAAAUACAAGGUUCUUAAUGAAUACAAGCAGGAAGCUUCAGACCCUCACAGACUUGUAGCCAAACUUGAAAAGAAUAAAUUGUGGAAGAAAGGCAGCACAAAGACCAAGUUUUUCUUUGACACUGAAGAGAUUCAGCUAAGCUAGUUUUUUUAGAGAAUAAUAAAAAAUUCUGCAA